AUGCCGACUGAUUUAAUAGAAAAACGUCGAGCAGCUCUCAAGGAGAUUGAUGAUGCAAAAUUUGGUUGGUAUCAUGUUCGUGCGUGCUUAGUAGCUGGUACUGGAUUUUUUAUGGAUGCAUACGAUCUGUUUGCUAUCAAUUUCGCCUCUACUAUGAUCGGAUAUGUCUAUUAUAACGGCAAGAUACCCGCUAAUAUCGACUUGGGUUUGAAAGUGUCGGCCUCCAUUGGAAACUUAAUAGGCCAAUUACUUUUCGGCUGGUUGGCUGACGUACUCGGACGAAAAAAGAUGUAUGGAAUUGAAUUGAUGAUUAUUAUUGUUGCAACAGUGGCUUCAGCAUUAUGCGGUGAAAGUUAUGCUAUUUCAGUAACCGCUACAAUCAUGAUU